AAGGCGUUUCUAGGUCAACUGGGAGGCGCGACGCUGACGAGUCUCAGGCUUCCAGUCUUGUUUUUCGUUUUCGGAUUUCCUGCGAACUGGCCGCAGCACUUUCGAAUGCGCCUCCCACAAGCCAGCCCACUUAACUGCGUUGUCGCGGCUGUAAAAUUCGCUUUUGAUACUCGUAUACAACACCACGCCCCACAAUCGCUGAUUCAGGCUCAUCAUUCAGUAUUGUGUAAGUUCAUGUCGGUUUCGACGGUUAACAGUCAGAUUAUUUCAGAAUAAUUGUCCUGUGACGAACUUUCGAAGAACCUUCGACGCCGGUAUUCCCCACGCAGAGACAAAUCGAUUACAGAAUGACUGGCAGUCCGCAAAAUAGCCCGGCAAACGGCGGUCGCAUUCGCCGUCUUCGACGUAGUUUGGGAGCGUUCGCACAACGAGUCCGGGCAUCUUACCGGGACUUCAGACAAAUGUCCACACCGGAGGCUUUUUCGCGCCAGGAUCGGGUUGCGCGAAGCCCAAUGGACAUCUACGGCUACCAGGAUGACCGCCCCGCCGCUGAUUCGAGCGAGCCUCGGGCCUUGAAUGAGGAUUUUGGGGAAGUUGUCGCGGAAGGUUUUGAUAAUCUGAUAAAUGAGAAUACGGAUCUGAAGUCGCAUGUGCAGCUUCUGCAAGGACGAGUGGGCGAUUUGGAGAGCAUGAAUGUGAAGUCGAAGGAAGAGAUUGUGGGGUUAAAGGAAGAGAAUGUGAAGAUGAAGGAAGAGAUUGUGGCGUUGAAGGAAGAGAAUGUGAAGAUGAAGGAAGAGAACGUGAAGUUGAAGGAAGAGAAUAAAUUGCUCGGAGUGCGCGUGACCACCAUCGAAGAGCAGCUCAGCAAGGUUAUGCAGCAUAACCCGUAUCUGGUGAAGCUGGCCCACUUGCCAGCGGACACUACGCACAACGAGUUAAAUGAUACGUUCGGAGCGUAUCCCAGUUUUAUCUCGGCGGAGCUCCAAAAUGGAGGGUAUGCGGUGAUCCGUUUCUCGCAGUUGGAUUGCGCCGUGUCUGCCGCCAAGGAAAUCAACGGUUAUUUAAUUGACGAUCGCGAAAUUAAGGCCACGGUUGAGUCCAUUCCCAAGGCUGGAUUAAUUGCGCGUCGCCGUCGUUCGGUAUCCGGCUGCAGCGCUGAAAAGUGACGCGGUUUUCAGUUACCUUGUUGUUUCUGGGCCAUUUAUUUGUUUUGUUCGUAUCGCCCAGUUGUUUUGGCUAAAAUCUCUUGUAUAUUUUGCUAUUCUUGAAUAACACACUGUGGAGCAGAGUAGAAGUUGCUUUUUUCUUGUGGGCGUUAGCUUUUUCGGUUGUAUACAUACAAAACUCCGGUUGUUUCGAUAAACUACUUAAAUAAAAAUUGCUGGCUUUGUCAAAGCAAACAGUUUCUUAC